AAACCAUAUCAUUGUGACUUCUGUGGUAAAUCAUUUUCUGAAAGUGGUCACUUGACUAAUCACAUACGUAUUCAUACUGGGGAAAAUCCAUAUCAUUGUGAUAUCUGUGGUGAAUCAUUUUCUCAUAAUAACUCUUUAACUUAUCACAAACGUGUUCAUACAGGUGAGAAGCCAUAUCAUUGUGAUAUCUGUGGUAAAUCUUUCUUUCUAAAUAGUAACUUAACAACACACAAACGUAUUCACACAGGAGAGAAGCCAUAUCAUUGUGAUAUCUGUGAUAAAUCAUUCUCUAGAAAUAAUCAUUUGACUCGUCACAAACAUAUUCAUACUGGAGAAAAACCAUAUCUUUGUGAUAUCUGUGAUAAAUCAUUUUCAUGUAAUAAUGACUUGAGUAAACAUAAACGUAUCCAUACUGGGGAAAAGCCAUAUCAGUGUGAUAUCUGUGGCAAAUCAUUCUCUCAUAGUACCACUUUAACUAGUCACAAACGUAUUCAUACAGGAGAAAAGCCAUGUCAUUGUAAUAUCUGUGGUAAAUCAUUCUCUCAAAAAGGCUACUUAAGUACACAUUGGAGUAUUCAUACACAAGUGUAACUGUAUCAAUAUCAAAAUUUAUUAAAACAUGACAACAAUUAUGAACAUUUUGUCUGCUAAAA